UGUCCGUGCGCGCAUGUGUGUGUGUGUGUGUGAGUCACAUGGCUCUCCCUCUCUCCUCAGGAGUGUGUGUGGUGCAGCAGCUGAUGUCAGUGUUGAUCAGGGAGAGCGGGAGGCUGUUCCUCACAGACGCCAGCACCGCUCCGACUCCGCCAAACCGCCAAGGACAGCGAGCCGCGGAGACGCUCCCGCCCCCCCCGGCCCCGAUGAUGGACCUCCGGCCCCCGCCCCGCCAGAGCGCCUCCCCCAGGAGGGCGAGCGACCCGCUCUACGACAACUGCCCGUCCCGCUCCCCGGAGCGGUCCUCCGCCACCCCGCCGCCCCUCCCGGACCCCGCCGCGCCCGCUCCCUCGCCCCUGGACAGCUGGGACGUCCCGUGCUGGGCCGCGGAGCCGGGGGGGUCGGCGGGGGGGGCCAGCCUGAGCAGCCGGAGCUCCUCGCCGGGCGAGCUGACCGGCCGAAACGCUCACGAGAGCACCCUCUCCGUCUACGACAACCUGGACGUGCCGCCCGCGGGCCCCGGGGCCCCCCCGGCCCCGCCCGCGCCCCCACGCCCCCCGCUGGAGGACAGUGGCGACAGCAGCUCCUGGUCGUCCUGCGAGAUCGUGCUGGAGGAGGCCAAGCCGGGCGCCGGGCCCGCUUUCGGCCCGUUCCCCUUCCGGGCGGACGCGGGCGACCCCCCGCCCGAUUUCCCCUCCGUGCAGGCGCUCCUGGCCCUGGCGGGGCCAGACCUGGACCCCGCCGCCUCGCCCUCCAGCGCGCGGUGCCUGGUGGCCGGGCUGAAGCAGCAGAUCUCCCGGCAGAAGGAGGAGUACGAGGCUCAGAUCAGAAGCCUGGAGAAGCGGAACGAGGCGCUGCAGGGCGAGGUGUCCGGGCUGCGCGCGAACCUGGAGCAGCACCGGCGCUGGUACAAAGUGGCGGAGAUCAAGAUGCGCAACGCCGAGCGCGCCCGGGCCGACGCGGACCGCCGCAACACCGCCCUGCAACAGGAGAUGGAGCAGUUCUUCGACACCUUCGGCGAACUCAACGUCGAAGCCAAGAAAACGGAACGCAUAGCGCAGGGUUUCUGAGCUGACGCGGACGCUAAUAAUAAUCACAACAACAACAGGGCGGCGACGUAACAGACUGGUGUCCGAAGCGAACGCAAUAAGGAGACAAUAGUCAAGAGGCUACGGCCGUUGGGAGAACGGGAAAGUUUAUCUUCUCCUCGAAUCGACUGUGCCUUUUACAGUUCUCAGGUUUUAAAAAAAACUGUCCCUCCUCAGACUUACGGGGGAUUUCUGAUUAGCGGAGCAGGAUUGAGGGCUCAUCAGGGAUAAAACCGCUUAAAGCCGUUGAUCCGCCGCGGGCAGAAACAAAAUCCCUUAGAAUCUCGCUAAGCCGGAGCUCUGACUUCUGUGGACCGAUUUCCGUUUUCAAUUUUUUUGUUAUUAGCUAGUACACACAUUUGUUAUUAGUACAUACUUAUUGUUAUACACACAUUGUGUAUGCAUUAACAUAGAGCACUAGUCUGUUUCACCAUGUCUUUUUUUAAAUCUCGGGAUUCACACCUUAGACCCGCAUCCAACUGACAGAACAACAAGAACAGGUGCCGUUUGAUGGGCUGGGAAUUCUUUGGUGGAAACAGGACACCGUCACGCACUCUUUUGCGCCAUCUAGUGGCAAACCAAAGUACUGUUAUUACACAUUCAUGUAUUCAUUAAUCGCUGUAUUCAUUCAAUGAGAAUGAAGAACUGUAUAGAACCAGAAGUAUAGAGUUUAAAGCCAAACUGUACUGUACUCUCCUGCCGCGGCAAUGUAUAAGCAAACAUUUAAUUCGAACACGUUCUUUGAAUGGCCGCUCACAACAGCGUGAUGUGAACAUCCAUAAGUGCUGAUGUCAUUGACAGCCAAUAGGAAUAGGUGUGUGCGUGAUGUCACCAGUGAUUGUGCCUGACCUACCAUGCGACACACACAAUACAUACUUGUGUUUCCUGACAUAAACAUCUAUGAACGUCUAUGCACUGCCCACAAAGGUGCUAUGUAGGGCUUAUGAAGAAGUAAUAAUGCGCUUAUGACAGGUCAUUCACAGAACGUGUCACCCAUUCUGUCACUGACUGGAAAUCCUUAGUUCAACAGGUUAAACAGUGAGUGGACAAUCCAGUCUUGUUUUCAGGUGUUUAACAGAGCACGGUGUCGAAGCCUUUUCACUGAUCUGAGAUCAGUGGCCUGUUCCAGGGAUUACAGUCAGCUGGGUAACUGCACUGGGCUAAACCCGGACCCCACCAAAAUCUGGAACGUGGACCGAAGUAAAAAGCGGUUCUGGGUUUCGCUUUGAGUUCUCCAACAAACGGAGUAAUCCUGCUUUAUGGAUUACUUAGCGGGCAGCCGGUAGCUUAGUGGCCAACAGUACAUUACAUUACAUUAUUGGCAGACGCUCUUAUCCAGAGCGGCGUACAGUUGAUUAGACUAAGCAGGAGACAAUCCUCCCCUGGAGCAAUGCAGGGUUAAGGGCCUUGCUCAAGGGCCCAACAGCUGUGCGGAUCUUAUUGUGGCUAAACCGGGAUUAGAACCACCCAUUUUGCGUGUCCCAGUCAUGGACCUUAACCACUACGCUACAGUAGAGACUGGGACAUGGAAGGUGGUCCAAGUCUCGGUGUCGCCACGAUAAGAUCCAUGCAGCAGUUGGGACCUCAAUGAAUUCUCCCCUGCUGAGUCUAAUCAACUCUCAGCAACUUUGGAUAAAAGUGUUGAAUAACUGUAAUGUUAUGGAAAAGGCCCUAGUUCUGGAAAACAGAAUCAGUAUUGUCUAAUCACUGCUAAAAAUGUCCUCAUCACCAAAAAACGUUUAUACAAAUUUUUCCUCGCCUUACACAACACACACACACACGCACAGAUAUAAGCUAUUUAUAUUUUCACACCAUGGGAACACACACAUUGUAAUGCAAUAAAAUAACUAAUAAAAGAAUAAUUAUUUUCUGAAUUCA